AUGAAUCCAGACUUUUAAAUUCUUUAAGGAAUCUACUAAUUUUAAUCACAGUUUUCCAAAAUCAUUAAGGGUUUAUAAGAUGAAGCUAAUAAAUACAAUAAAUGCUUUAAUUAAGCAUAAAAGGAUAUUUAGGAUUUUUACAAUAAAUUAUCAUAAUCAUCAUAAAAGAUGAAUAAAUAAUAGAUCAAUAAUGAUUAGGAGUAAUAGUAGUAGUGUGAUAAAUCUCUGAAGACUUUAAAAAACAAAUAUAUAGAAUUAUCAAAAUAAUUAAACAUUUUUAAUGAAAAUUUUCUGUAAUAUUAAAUGUAGAAAUCAGAAUUUGAUAAUUAUUACUAAUAAAUUUAAUUGUCAUAAAUAGUUUAAGAGAGAAAUACACCAUUAUAAACUUUCUCUUGGUUAAUUACUUCUCCUUUAUAAUUAGAUGUUGCUAAAUAGUUAACAUCUUAAUUGAGUUCAAUAAUUUAACAAUAGAAUUUAUAGUUUAACAAUAAUGAAUAAUUAAGUAAUUUUUUUUGUGAGCAAACCAUUAAUAUUUAGAAAUAAAUUGAAUAAUUAGAAUAAUAAAAAAUAUUAAAAGCAUAAAUUGAAUUAUAAGAAUAAUAAAAAUUAGCAGAAAUUGAAGAACAUAAAAGGUAAUAAUAGGAGAUAUAAAAAUAAAAGGAAGAACUUGAGUAGAAAAAUGAUAUUGAUAAUGAAUAAAUCGAUAAUUUUGAAAAUCUUUCUGAAACAGAAGAAUUAACAUAAUAAUGUUAAGAAUGUGGAUAAAUAAUUAAAUUUAAUAAUUUCUUAACAUAAUGUUUGCAUUAUUAUCAUGAAGAAUGCAUAAUUUAAAAAAUCAAGGCAAAUUAUUAAAAAAGAAGUAUUUAUUGUUCUUGUAAUACUUUGAUAAAUUCUAGAAUGAUCAAAGAUGUAUUAGAACACUCUAAAAAAGAUCAAAAUUAACUUAGUUUUGAGACCUUCUAAUAUUAUUAAAUUAAAUAAUUAUUAAAGAAAAGCAAUAAAAAUAUUACAGAAUGUAAAUGUGGAUUCCUGUACAUAUCUGAAAAAGAAGAAUAAAUAGAUAUUUGUAUAGAAUGUGACAAAUGUUUUUGA